AUGAGCCAUCGAACUGAUAACCUUCCAUUGUAUCAACCCCGUGGUGCACCAGGUGCCGACCGUACUAUCGCUACAGCCCCAAGACGACGAGCAGUCAACGAGCCAGAGGGAUUUGCUACCUACUCGGGCACGAUCCUCCUCAAGGGGAGUGUCCCAGCCAAAUCAGAUACAUACGACCCUACGCUCGACGUCGAAGGCAUUUACAAAGCCUGUCAUGGUAUGGGCACCGACAACGCCAAACUAAUCAAAAUCCUCCUCAGAAAGACUUCUCCAGAGGUUCAAAUACUGCAAACAGCGUACAUGAAUAAGCGACAAAAGCCGCUCGUUCAACUGAUCAUCUCAGAGACUUCGGGCAGCUAUCAAACCGGCCUUGCACUCCUCGCCAGUGGCGCACUUGGAGGGGACGCAUAUCUACUCAAAAAGGUGGUCGAGUCUAAGACGAGCUCACGCGUGCGAUUGGCACUGCUCACCGAGAUUGUCGUCAUGCGGUCAAAGCCAGAUUUAGUCAAGCUCAAAGAAUACAUCAGCGCGAUACAGCACCGCAGUCUGGCCAGCAUUGUCAACGACGCCAUACGGAUGAUGGACGACUCUGCACAAGAAGAUCUCAUUGAAGCUUUCCGGCUUUGCAUGCUUCCAGAUGAGCGGGUCGUCGAAGACGGAGAGGUCAUGUCGCAUGUCCAGAUGAUCAAAGCCUUCCUCGAGGGCGAGGACGAUAUCAGUAUAAAGAAUUUCUUGGAGCUACUCUUGGAUCGCCCAUUGUCGUAUUUGCGGCUACUAGUCGACGGGUACAAGACACAGUUCUACGGGGUCAACCUCUCGCAAGCUGUCGAGGAAUCGCGCGAUAGCCGACUAUCGCCCGCACUCAAAGACGUACUUGUGUACGUAUUGCACACGGCCGAGCACGAAACCAGAUUGGGUAUGGAGGGCGUCGUGCGCGAUGCACGACGCAUCGAGGCGGACCUUCAAGACGACUAUCUCCUCACGGUACGCUUGGUCCGGGCGCAUUGGAAUCCGGAUCGAUUCCGUGCAGUACUGGCAGAGUGGGCUAAAGUCAGACCGGAGAGCGGGAGCCCAGUCAAGCGCAUCAAGAAACACACACGGCUGCAUUUGGAGACACUAUUAGUCAAGAUGAUUGAAAAGGCCGAGUGUGUGUCGUCGCGAUCAUAG